AUGCUUGCCUCAAUUAGCGCUCAAAGCGCCCCAGGGGCUCUCCAGGUCACAGAGAGCGAACAGACUCUUCCCCCGCAGGCAGAAAUCAUCGGCGAUGAUUCCGAUCUCUUCACAGUUGACUCAUUGGUUCGUCGACGAGCCAGGAGCAAUCCCGACAUUCACGCCAUCUCAUAUCCAUCAUCGGGCAUCGACUUUGUCAACUACACACUCCAGCAACUCGAUGUCUUCGCCUGGAGAGCAGCCAAGCAAUAUGAGCAGUCCUUGCCGGUCCGUUCUUCCUCUGCGGAGAAGCCCAGAGUCGUUGCGCUCUUGGGUCCCUCAAACCUGGAAUAUCUCAUCACGUUGCUCGCCCUCACCAAGCUGGGACACACUGUUCUGCCACUCUCUACCAGAAUCCCCCAGCCCGCCAUCGAGAACUUGAUGAAUGUUACGGGCGCGCAGACAUUAAUUGCAGAAGCCCGUUUCCUUGAGCUUGCAGGAAAAGUUUCCGACAGCAUGUCAAUCGAAUUGCUCGAGAUUGCGCCUCGCAGCGUCUUCGAGUUUCCCAUUGAAGUCCACGCCGAGACCAAAUUGGACCAGGCCUUGGACCCCAAGAUCGAGCAAGACAACAUUGCCUUUAUCAUUCAUUCUAGUGGCUCGACGGGUCUGCCAAAGCCCAUCUAUCAGACACACAAGGCUUGCAUUGCCAACUAUGCAAAGAGCAUGGAAAUGAAGGCUCUGAUUACCCUCCCACUGUACCACAACCAUGGCAUCUGCAAUUUAUUCCGCGCGAUAUAUGCCCGCGUGCCCAUCUAUUUCUAUAACGCAGACCUGCCGUUGACGCAGGAUUACCUGGUACGAAUUCUUCGACAGAACAAGUUUGAAAUCUUUUACGGCGUACCUUACGCCCUCAAGCUUCUCUCCGAGGCAGAUGAGGGCAUCCGUCUUCUCCGAGACCUGCGAAUGGUCAUGUACGGUGGCUCAGCGUGCCCAGACGAACUCGGGAACGCAUUGGUCGAGAAUGGCGUGAAUCUCGUCGGCCACUAUGGAGCUACUGAAGUUGGUCAGCUCAUGACUUCCUUCCGCCCGAACGACGACAAGGACUGGAACUAUGUGCGCGAGCAUGACGCUCUCUCGCCAUAUCUCAAAUGGAUCCCUCGAGGACCCAACCUGUUUGAAUGUACGGUCACGGAUGGAUGGCCUGCAAAGGUACAGUCCAACCAGCCUGAUGGGUCGUACCAUACCAAAGAUCUCUUUGAACCGCACCCAACUAUUCCCAAAGCAUGGAAGUACAUCGCACGUCUCGAUGACACCAUCGUGCUGGUCAACGGAGAGAAGUUUGGCCCUGUUGGUAUGGAGGGUAAGAUGCGCUCUAGCAAGCUCAUCACCGAAGCAGUCGUAUUCGGUGCCGGCCGCCCAUAUUUGGGAGUUCUGAUUGUACCAUCUGCCGUUCUGGCCGUAAAGUCAAAGGAUGAGAUCCUAGAUAGCGUCUGGGAGGUAGUCAACGAAGCCAACGCAUCGGUCGACGGAUUUGGCCGUAUAUCCAAGACCAUGAUUAAGCUGCUUCCGACGGACUGCCAAUACCCACGCACCGACAAGGGGAGUAUCAUUCGACAAGCCUUCUACAAGACUUUCAGCGACCAAAUCGAAGAGGCCUAUGAUGAACAGGAAGCCAGCAACGGAGACCGCGAGAAGCUAGAUCAGCCUGGCAUGCGCCGCUUCGUCCAGGAGCUCAUCACCAAGACUUUGUCCAAGUCAUCAAUUGAAGACGACGCAGACUUCUUCUAUCUCGGCCUUGACUCUGUUCAGUCUAUCCAGAUGCGCAGUCACAUCCUCCAAAAUGUCGACCUCGGUCAAGGUACUAAGCUCGGCCAAAAUGUCGUUUUCGAGAACCCAUCCAUUGCCAAGCUUAGUGAGUACUUGUACAGCCUCAGUACCGGCCAGGGCGGAGACAAAGGAGCCUCUAUUGAGGUGGAGAUGCAAGGUUUGAUCGAGAAGUAUAAGACUCUCGAAGCCUCGCCUGCUUCAUCAGUUGCCCUCACUGGAGCUACAGGUUCGCUUGGAGCCCACGUGUUGUCCAAGCUGGUUGAAAACCCUGCUAUUUCAAACGUAUACUGCCUUGUCCGCGCAUCAAACCCUGAGACGGCAAACAAGCGCGUCGUUGAAUCAUUGAUCCAACGAAAGAUCUUCCACACAUUGUCUCUCGAGGCCAGGCGCAAGAUCUCUGCUUUCCCUGCAGACCUGGCAGACCAGAAGCUCGGUCUCUCGGACGAAAACUACUCCUUGGUGUCGCAGAACCUUCGCUCCGUCAUCCACUGUGCUUGGUCGGUCAACUUCAACAUGCAACUUACAAGUUUCGAAAAGGGCAACAUCGCCGGUGUGCACCACCUCCUUGCCCUCUGCCAUGCUUCAAAGGCUUCCAUGAACUUUUGCUCGUCCGUGAGCACUGUCACCCGGUCAACUGUCGUUCCGGUCCCAGAGCAGCUGCCGAACCUCGAAUGGGCCCAGGGAAUGGGCUACGCGCAGUCCAAAUCUGUCGCCGAGCACCUGUGUGCCGAGGCUGCCAGCCAGGGUGUCACAGCCAGAGUACUACGAGUUGGCCAGAUCGUCGGCGAUACAAAGCACGGAGUCUGGAAUGCUCAAGAGGCGGUUCCUAUGUUGAUGCAGACGGCUGUGACUAUCGGCGCUCUGCCCAAGUUGCAGGAAACCCCAUCAUGGCUGCCCGUCGACAUUGUGGCCGAAGCGGUUGCCGAUAUCUCGCUCUCUGAAGCUGGAAGUGUCUUCACGAAUGUUACGCACCCCAAGACGUUUGAUUUCGUCCGGGAUCUGUUGCCCGCGCUCAAGGAUACAGGCCUCUCUUUUGAGGAAGUUGAGCCCAAAGAAUGGAUCCGUCGACUUCGGGCAUCGAACCCAGAUCCCAAGGUCAAUCCCCCGUUCAAGCUCGUGGACUUCUUCGCGUCCAAGUAUGACAAGGAGGAGUUUGCACCCUCAAAGGCAUUUGCCACCGAAGUGGCUUGCUCUCUGUCCCCAGCGCUCGCCCAGGCACCUGUUCUCGAUCCGGCAUUUGUCAAGAAAUUCAUCAGCUACUUCACGAAGAAUGCGUGGUCGCCGCCCAGUGCCGCCAGCGGCAAGACCGCCAUCAUUUUCAUUGGACCCUGCGGUACUGGCAAGACCACCAUCGGGAAGCAGAUUGCCCAAUGGAUCGAGUCGCCGUUUGUCGAAGGCGACAGCCUGCACACACGUGCCGCCGUUGAGAAGAUGCGCUCUGGGACCGCGAUCCUCGAUGAAGAUCGAUCUGGGUGGCUCUCGCGUCUGGCCACACAUGCGGCAGAAGUGCUGCUUGACCUGGACUAUCCCACCGCCGUUGUCUCGUGCUCCGCACUGAAGCAGUCAUACCGUUCCAAUUUGCGAGAAACGCUCUCACAGAAAGGAAUCAAGGCAGCAUUUGUGGAUCUACAGGCGUCCGAGCAGGUUCUACUCGAGAGACUCGAGUCGAGAAAGGACCAUUAUAUGAGCAAAGAAAUGGUUGAGGGGCAGCUGCAGACCUAUGAAGCACCCGGUGUAGACGAGGUCGAUGUUCUACCUGUGGAUGCUGAAAGCAGCGAGGAAGAGGUGAUUGGAAACGUGAAAUGGCUGCUGCAAAGCUCCGGUGUGCUGGAGUAA